AUGCGGUCGAAUUGGCGGGCCCCGUGGCUGCAAUGGCUGGUCCUUUGCAUCACAACUCAGAUCCAUCUCACCAAGGCGCAAGCAGCUGUCUCGACGCUCUUAGUCCCGGACACCAACACUAUCCUAGCCGUCAACCUGCCCGCGGACUCGGAUGAUAUCAACUUCUACAUCUCGACGCCGGACUGGUACCAGUACACCGCCAUCGGCUUCGGCUCGUCCAUGGCAGAUGCGCUCAUGCUGGUCAUGUAUGCAUCGGCCGACGGCAAAAGCGUCACUGUCAGUCCGCGGUUGAGCAGCGGUUGCACGGAACCGGUCUGGACCCGCAACGUCGGGAUAACCCUCCACGCGUCCAGCAUCAACGACAACGCCGACAUGACCGUCAACGCCACUUGCAACGGCUGCCGCGCGCUGGGUCCGGCCCUGCCCUCCAUCAAGACCUCCUCGGCGGCACCAAUGAUGUUCGCCAUCGGCCCCAGUCUCGUCCUCAACUCUGACGACCUGGACGCCCGGAUCCGGCGGCAUUCCGCCUACGGACAGUUCACCAUGGACCUGGUCAAAGCCACCGGACCAGGCGGCAUCGGCCUCGACACUAUAGGCAACAUUUCCAACAUCUCCCUCUCGUCGAGCACGAUCUUGGAGGGAGACGCCUUCCAUCGGGACGACGACAAGGCUGCGACGGCACACGGGAUCCUGUACGCCAUCAUUACCCUGGCCGUCGCCCCGUUCGACUCGCUUGUGGCCGGGGUGUUGGGCAACAAGCGGGGCGCGGCAGGGUGGGUGCACGGCGUGACGGCGAGUGCCUAUUUCGCCUUCGUCAUCGGGGCGAUGGUGCCGGGCGUCAUUGUCAGUCGGCAGCAUGUGGCGACCCAGCAGUUCCGCACCGGCCACCAAGUCCUCGGCCUGCUUACCAUUGUCGCGAUGACGAUCAUGUUCCUCUGGGGGAUCGCCCUCUCCUGGAUCAAGCGGUCGGCGAAGAAACGAGGGCAGGAGCCGCCCGAGGGCACGCAGCGGUUGGCCACCGUCCAUCGCUGGGCUUGCAGGCUGAUAUGGGCGCUUUUGCUGAUCAACGUCGGGCUGGGCAUGCAACUGUCGGGGCAGAGGCUAGUGUUGAUCCUGGCUUAUGUCGCGCUGGCGCUGGGUCUAGUGGUCGUUCUUGUGCCUGUCUACUUCUGCAUCUGGAGGUGCUCGAAGCGGCAGAAGGAGAAGGAGGAGGGCGAGCACGAGCUUACCAUCUAUGACCACAACUACCGCUGA